AUGUCCAGCGAUAAGUUACUGAUAACUGGUGAAUUUAAUUUCCAUAUGGAUGUGCCUACUGAUCCCAAUAACAUACACUUCAGAGAUCUUUUAGACGCGAUGGGUCUUGUCCAACAUGUGAAGCAACCUACCCAUAUACACGGCCACACCCUAGAUCUCAUCAUUACGCGCCAAUCUGAUGACUUCACUGCUGAAGAGCCGCUAUUUGACAGAUUUAUCUUUGAUCAUGUUGCCGUGAUAUGUAGUUUAAGGACACGUAGACCAGUAGUAGAACUGAAGCAUGCUGAAUACAGGAAGUUGAAGUCUAUUGAUUCUGUACUAUUCGCUGAGGACAUUCGCAAUUCUACUUUGUAUAUAGAUCUCCCUGACAACUUGGACAAACUAGUUAAUUGCUACAACACGACGCUGUCAUCACUACUAAACAAGCAAUCCCCGAUGCAAUCGCGGAAAAUGAGAAAUAGGCCCAAGCCGCCUUGGUUUGAUGAUGAGAUUAUGCAGGCAAGGGGCGACAGACGGAAAGCUGAGAAGUAG